CUCACCUUGACUGGUUCUUCUUCCCGUUGGACCUGUUCGUCACUCUGAUGUGUUUACUCUAAAGUUAUGAGGGAGUGACGGCUGUCCCCUAAGAUCAGAUGCAGGCAGACACAGGACUGACGAGGAAGAGAUGAGCAGAGUUUCCUCCACACACGCAGGCGUCUAAAUUGACCUGAAGGGAAUUCAGCAGGUACGACUCUGCUAUGAAUCAGUGUGAGGACAAAAGCUAGACCUGGAUCUAGCCACCACAACGGAUCCACUAAGAAUCUCCAGAGGAUGUCUGAACCUGCCGACGUCAAAGAUGGAUCCCACUCUGAUCAGAACAUCCACCGUAAGAGACCACACUCUCCUGGACCUGACCCCAGCCGUGUUCCCAUGAAGUGUGGCCGCUCUAAGCCUCGAUCUUUUAGUUCUGAAGAUGGAGAGCAUGAUGAUAGUCCAAGGAUCCACCAUGAGAGACCAGAGUCUCCUGGAACCGGCAGUGUGUCCAUGAGGAGUGACCGGUCUAUGAAUCCACCAAUGAAGUUUAAAGAUGGAGAGCAUGAUGAUAGUCCAAGAGUUCACCAGCAGAGAUCAGAGGUUCCUGGUGGUCAGUCUGCCCAGCAGCAUCAAACUGACCUGGACUCCAUAUUUAUGCUGCUGGAGGAGAACAUUGUCACUUUUGUGAAGAACGAGCUGAAGAAGAUCCAGACAGUCCUGACUUCAGAUUACCCAGAAUGCUUAGAGAGUCAGAGGGAGGAUGAGGAGGUGUUGGACGGUGAGGAUGAAGAGCAGAGGAGGAGCAGCAAAGAGGCAUUUCUGAACAUCUCACUGCACUUCCUGAGGAGCAUGAAGCAGGAGGAGCUGGCUGACCUUCUGCACAGCAGAACUGCUGCUGCAGUCUGCCAACGUAAACUCAAAUCCACCCUGAAGGAGAGGUUCCAGUAUGUGUUUGAGGGCAUUGCUAAAGCAGGAAACCCAACCCUUCUGAACCAGAUCUACACAGAGCUCUACAUCACAGAGGGGGGGGCUGCAGAGGUCAAUGAUGAACAUGAGGUCAGACAGAUUGAAACAGCAUCCAGGAAACCACACAGACCAGAAACAACCAUCAGACAAGAAGACCUCUUUAAAGUCUCACCUGGAAGAGAUGCACCAAUCAGAGCAGUGAUGACAAAGGGAGUGGCUGGCAUUGGGAAGACAGUGUUAACACAGAAGUUCACUCUGGACUGGGCUGAAGGCAAAGCCAAUCAGGACAUCCAGUUCACAUUUCCAUUCACCUUCAGAGAGCUGAACGUGGUGAGAGAGAACAAGUACAGCUUGGUGGAACUUAUUCAUCACUUCUUCUCUGAAACCAGAGACGCAGGAAUCUGCAGGUUUGAUCAGUUCCCGGUUGUGUUCAUCUUUGACGGUCUGGAUGAGUGUCGACUUCCUCUGGACUUCCACAACAAUGAGAUCCUGACUGAUGUCACAGAGUCCACCUCAGUGGAUAUGCUGCUGACAAACCUCAUCAGGGGGAAGCUGCUUCCCUCUGCUCGCCUCUGGAUAACCACACGACCUGCAGCAGCCAAUCAGAUCCCUCCUGAGUUUGUGCACAUGGUGACAGAGGUCCGAGGGUUCACUGACCCACAGAAGGAGGAGUACUUCAGGAAGAGAUUCAGAGAUCAGGAGCAGGCCGGCACCAUCAUCUCCCACAUCAAGACCUCACGAAGCCUCCACAUCAUGUGCCACAUCCCAGUCUUCUGCUGGAUCUCUGCUUCAGUUCUGGAGGAUGUGUUGAAAACCAGAGAGGGAGGAAAGCUGCCCAAGACCCUGACUGAGAUGUACAUCCACUUUCUGGUGGUUCAGUCCAAAGUGAAGAACAUCAAGUAUGAUGGAGGAGCUGAGAUAGAUGCUCACUGGAGUCCAAAGAGCAGGAAGAUGAUGAAGUCUCUGGGAAAACUGGCUUUUGAGCAACUGCUGAAAGGCAACCUGAUCUUCUAUGAGUCCGACCUGACAGAGUGUGGCAUCGAUAUCAGAGCAGCCUCAGUGUACUCAGGAGUGUUCACACAGGUCUUUAGAGAGGAGAGAGGACUGUACCAGCACAAGGUGUUCUGCUUCGUCCAUCUGAGCGUGCAGGAGUUUCUGGCUGCUCUUCAUGUCCAUAUGACCUUCAUCAACUCUGGAGUCAACCUGAUGUCAGAGACACAACCCACCUGCCAACGGCGUAAAGGUUACGAGGGCAAAUUAAUACGUUUCUACCAGAGUGCUGUGGACAAAGCCUUACAGAGUCCCAACGGACACCUGGACUUGUUUCUCCGCUUCCUCCUGGGUCUUUCACUGGAGACCAAUCAGACAUACCUAAAAGGCCUUUUGACACAAACAAAAGGUUGUCCAGACACCAAUCAACAAACAGUCCAGUACAUCAAGAAGAAGAUGAAUGAGGAUCUGUCUCCAGAGAGAAGCAUCAACCUGUUCCACUGUCUGAAUGAACUGAAUGAUCGUUCUCUAGUGGAGCAGAUCCAACAGUCUUUGAGUUCAGGAAGUCUCUCCGUAGACAAUCUGUCUCCUGCUCAGUGGUCAGCUCUGAUCUUCAUCUUACUGUCAUCAAAAGAAGAUCUGGACGUGUUUGACCUGCAGAAAUACUCUGCUUCAGAGGAGGCUCUUCUGAGGCUGCUGCCAGUGGUCAAAGCCUCCAACAAAGCUGUGCUAAGUGGCUGUAACCUGUCCGAGAGAAGCUGUGAAGCUCUGUCCUCAGUCCUCAGCUCCCAGUCCUCUAGUCUGAGAGAUCUGGACCUGAGUAACAACGACCUGCAGGAUUCAGGAGUGAAGAACCUGUGUGCUGGAAUAAAUAGUCUACCCUGUUCUCUGGAAACUAUUAGGCUGAGUGGCUGUAAGCUCUCAGAGAGAAGCUGUGAAGCUCUGUCCAAAGUCCUCAGCUCCCAGUCCUCUAGUCUGAGAGAGCUGGACCUGAGUAACAACGACCUGCAGGAUUCAGGAGUGAAGAACCUGUGUGCUGGACUGGAGAGUCCACACUGUGAACUGGAAAAUCUCAGGCUCUCAGGCUGUCUGGUCACAGAGGAAGGCUGUGCUUCUCUGGCUUUGGCUCUGAGCUCCAACCGCUCCCAUCUGAGAGAGCUGGACCUGAGCUACAAUCAUCCAGGAGACUCAGGAGUGGAUCUGCUGUCUGCUCUACUGGACACUCUCAGGGCUGACCAUUGUGGAGAGCACAGGUUAAAACCUGAUGUGAGGAAAUAUUCCUGUGAACUCACACUGGACACAAACACAGCACACAGAGAACUCAAACUGUCUGACAACAACAGGGAGGUGACUUAUGUGAAAGGGAAGCAGCCAAGUCCAGAUCAUCCAGAGAGGUUUGACUUCUAUUCUCAGCUGAUAUGUAGAGAAGCUCUGACUGGUCGCUGUUACUGGGAGGUUGAGUGGAGAGGGAAGGUUUAUAUAUCAGUGACUUACAGAGCGAUCAGCAGGAGAGGAGACAGUGAAGCUUCAAUGUUUGGAUGGAAUUAUCAGUCCUGGUCUCUCAAGUGCUCCAAUGGACAGUUUUCUGUCAGACACAAUAACAAUAAAACAGUCCUGCCUCCCUCCUCCCCCUCCUCCUCCUCCUCUGGUAGAGUAGCAGUGUAUCUGGAUCAUCCUGAUGGCUCUCUCUCCUUCUACAGAGUCUCCUCUGACAAACUGACCCACCUCAAAACCUUCAGAACCACAUUCACUGAACCUCUGUAUGCUGGGUUUGGGUUCUGGUCAGAUGACUCCUCAGUGUCUCUGUGUUCUCUGUAGGAGGAGACCACUUCCUGUCCUGUUCUAAUGUCCCUUGUCUCGGGGGACAUAACAUGAGUGUAGCAAGAGAUAUCUCCCAGUCGUGUGGUUAAAAUGUUGGUAGUGACGCGGCUACACUUUGGUUGUGCCUUUACACGGAGAAGCAGCUUUUAGUUAUAAUGAUCCGUAUAUCUGCAACAACUCCCAGUAAUCAAGUGUCUCACACUUUUUAAUAAAUGUUUUUUCAAUGUAUUCAAAUGUGUUUUUUAAAUGUUUCUUUUGCACUUUGUCGUAAGUAUUUUAAUAUUUUUGUAAAGCCUUUUGAAUGACCUUGUAGAUAUGUGCUGUAUAGAUAAACUUUCUUUUACUGGCAGAAAUGUUUCUUGUCUUUGUAAAAUGGUGAAAUGAUCUCCUCGGGGCUGAACUCUUCGUGUACAAACUGCUGUGACAUAUAUGCAGUUUAAUAAAGCUUUCUUUAGAGCAGCA